UUUUUUCACCCACUUUUUCUCCUCCUUUUCCUUUUCCUUUUCCUUUUCCGCCUCUUUCAUAUCUCUCUCUCCCUCUCUCUCUCUCUCUCUCUCUCUCUCCUUCCCUUUCAGUUUCUCUCUCCUCCGGCAAAACCCUAAAGUGCCGUUUACUCCCACCCAAUUCUAAUGGAUGGUGAUGCGUUGAACAUGCGUAAUUGGGGUUACUAUGAACCAUCUUUGAAAGCACAUCUUGGUCUGCAGCUCAUGUCCACAAUUGGUGAGCGAGAUGUGAAACAUUUUCUGCCUGCACGGGACCCUUCUGCUAUUAUUAAUAUGAAUGUGGCAUUUCAUUCACGGGAAUCUGUUGUUUCUGAAGCACCAGUACCGACAAACUGGGCGAGGGAUGGUUGGCUAAAUCAUCAAAGAGACAAGCUUCUCAAUAUGUUACCGCCCAAUACUAGUUAUUCUCUGCUUGCAGAAACAUCAGCCCCGCAACCCAUGCAAAUGUUACAGUCGCAUGAGACAUCAAGAGAUGAAAUGGUCCUCAAGAUUGAAGAACCACUUGUGAAGAAAGGAACUAAACAACCAAAGAAACGACAGAAUGGGGGUGCUCCUAAAACUCCAAAACCAAAGAAGCCUCGAAAGCCCAAAAAUAAUGAUCCUUCAGUUCAACAGGUGAAGGCACCAAAGAAGAAGAUGGAACUUGUUAUAAACGGGUUUGAUAUGGAUAUAUCUAGCAUCCCAAUUCCAGUAUGCUCUUGCACUGGAACUCCUCACCAAUGUUAUAGAUGGGGCUAUGGUGGCUGGCAAUCAGCUUGUUGUACCACAAGUUUAUCUCUACAUCCUUUGCCCAUGAGUGAGAAGCGGCGAGGUGCAAGAAUUGCUGGUCGUAAAAUGAGUCAAGGUGCUUUUAAGAAGGUUUUGGAGAAACUUGCAGCUCAAGGCUAUAACUUCUCUAACCCAAUUGAUUUAAGAAGCCAUUGGGCGAGGCAUGGAACCAAUAAGUUUGUCACCAUCAGGUAGAUUAGCAGAGUAUUAUGAUGGUAGAGGGCCGAGUCUGUUUUUACAUGUAUAUAUCUGUGGCCUUUUGCAGCAAUCUUUGGGUAGCUAUAGCUGGUAACUUUUGCUCUUUAUAGUUUAUGGGUGGGUUCAUAAAGUUUGGGAAUUUCCAUCCUCUUCAAUCUUGAUUCGUUUUGUAGUAGUUUUUGAUUUAUUGGAAUAUCUUUUAUUGCUAUUUUCUUUCGAUCUUUUGUCUUGGAUCAGUUAUCUAAUUGUUAUUUAAGUUGAAGGUCAACUGAUUUGAUACAAUACAAUAUGCAUUCUCUUU